AUGGCCGGCUCACGGGGCAUCGGCGUGGAAAGGCACAGCGGCGCAUCCGGUGCUCGGACGCGCAGCGGCAGUCGCCGGCGUAAGAUCCAGGCAGAGCUAGAGGCCCGCAACCGGAACUCCAAGGAAGUAUGGGAACUGCAGCAAGAGUUGUUGGCACACGGCGCGAGUCCACCGCUGAUGGACGCUGCUCGCCAGCUGUUGCAGGCAGAGCACUACAAAGCCAUUGUGGAGGAACGGUCGCUGGAUGGUUUGUGUGGGUACCCACCUUGCAACAAGCCUACCCAAGCACUGCCAGCCCACAAGCGAUGGUCAGUGAAUUACUCUUCUAGGGAGGUGGUCAGCACUGAGGAAAUCCGGAAGUAUUGCGGCCCUGAAUGCAGAAGGGAAAGCUACAAGUUCUGCACCAGCUUGCAGCCCGAUCCUGCAUAUCUUCGUCCGGAAUCUGCCGUGGUGCGUGCACAAGAAGCCAUUGCUGGCAGGCAGUUGCCACAGCAAGCCGGCAAGUCUGGCGGAGCAGCGUUUGCGGAGUCGGAUUCGAAGGAGCCGAAGGAAUCGCAAGCUCUUGCAGAAGAGACGCAAGAGCGAGUGUUGCCAAAAGUGCGGCCUCGAACAGUGGUUCGAUUCUCGCGAAGCAAGCAAAUCUACACGGUGCAAUGCCAUGAGUACGACGGUGGUGGUGCAUUGCCGGAUGUGGCCCCGGUCAAGGACGAAGCCGUCCACGAAUCUCGAGAUCCCGGUUCUACAGGCCUCCUGGGGUCAUCUGUGCGAGAGAGACCAACGGAUAUGGCCAAAGCAGAGCAGGAAGGGCCGCCGCGGACGGACUCCCGAGACGAGCCAGAUACGCUAUGUUCUGAUGCCAGUCUGGACCGUGUGGACGAAAGCAGUGAUGGGGACGACUUGUACGAUCACAGUGUGAAGCCCAACGGCAAGCCUGACCUGGCAUGGGUGAGGGCUUGGGGAACUCUGAGCACUUGGCUGAACGAGCCGGCUAGGACCAUCUUGACAGGUGGUGCAAUUCCAGAUGGCAUGCGGGAGGAAAGGCGGCCUGGACACAAGGGUCGGCGAGACCUUCUCGUCGAGCUGCUGACCUCCCGACUUCCUGGGGAGCUAUCCUUUCUUGCAGGGCAGCUGUAUGAGCUCGCAUCGUCUUUGUCGGUGCACCAGACGUUGCCCUCGGUGACGGAGCACCUUCUUUACGACCUCCUAGCAGCCAUCCUGAUUCGCCAGCUCUAUGACAGCAACACUGCAGGAGGCAUGCAGCCCGACAACUACGUCCUGGGUGUGUUGGAUCGUCAAACCAAGGAGGCAGCGAAGGCACUUGGCGUCACCAAGAAGGAGCUCGAAGUGCUGCAGGCACUUGUACGCACAGCUCCAACCUAG